AUGAGCGUGGUAGAGCCGUUUAUCAUUUCUCGCAUCAAAUCUGAGAAGGUUAUCAACUAUGUAACUCCUCAGGGCAAGGAAGUUCGGGUUACUCGGGAGGUCUACUUACGCAAAGAUAUACCAUGUCGGACGAAUUUUUGUCCGCUAAAAGAAUGUCACCCUGGGUUUUGUUUACCGAAUAAUCUCGAAAAUAUUAUCAUUGUUGAUGGAUCCUAUGCUCUUUCAUUUUGGGAAAUCUUUGAGUCAACAGAAAUUCAAGGAAUUGUAGUCACUUUGUCGUCCUUAAAUUUUGCGCAGCAGCAAGCUCCCUCUAAGGCUGUUUAUAAUCGAAUUAGAGCUUGUCUCGCAGACCCGGUUCAAUGUUGCGUACUUUUUGAUAACGAGUUUCAAGAAGACUGCUUCCACCAACCAUGUCCGGACGAAUCCAGCUUGGAUUACACAACUCGGCUCAACUGGAUUGCCUCUCAAUGGUACCAUCGUCACCUUGGUGAUAGAGUUAGGGUCAUUUUCCUGACUGACAACACAGAUGUUGUCAAUGAGCUAGCCAAGAGGGAUCCUCGUAAUAGUGGGGCAGUUCUUACUAUGGAUUUAGCCUCUUAUCUCAAGGCGUAUCACUCAAAAUUGACCACAGCUCUUCAACUUUUUGAUUCCCUUAAUGCCUCUCUGAAAUCACAAAAAGAUAGAGUAGAUGCAUCGACCACUUUGUCCGCAAACGCUUCUAAUCUACCUCAACAACCGGCCCCUGGUGAUAUUUAUCCCACACAUUUAUCAGAAUCAGCUCUCUUAGCUGGCACUCGUUCUGGACAGUUUCUUCAAGGUGUUUUGCGUGUCUCGCGUUUCAGAUGCACCACGGAAGCCAUAGUCGUUCUCACUGAUGCGAGUGCUAUGAAACAUCAAGGGGAAGUGCAGGAUACGGAAUUCGCAUCGCGUUCAGAGGUGGCUAUCCAUGGUCUGGCUCACCGAAAUCGUGCCGUUGAUGGAGAUAUUGUUGUGGUUCGUCUUUUACCGCGCCACCUCUGGACGACAACCUCUGGCAAUAUUGCCCCUUCAGAAGCUGGGGUUGCUGAAGCCACCGUUUCAAGUCUCGACAACGCUGGAGCAGUAGAUGAGAGAGGAGAAGCUGCCUCGAAGACGGGUCGUGGAAGCACUGGUGGACAGACCUCAACAUUGCCCUGUGCUUUCGUUGUUGGUGUACUGAGUCGUAAUUGGCGAGACUAUGUCUGUUCUUACGUGCCACGAGAUGAUGGUGCAGUUGUGGAACAGGUUCAUGGUGCCCCUGGAUGGAUUGUGGUUACUCCGUGGGAUAGACGUAUUCCAAGGGUGCGUAUAUUCACAUCAGAACCUGCCAAACUUAAUGGUUAUAGAUUUGUUGUUCGCCUUGAUCGUUGGGAUGCCAGUUCCAAUUAUCCCUGUGGCCACUUUGUCCGUUCCUUGGGUCCUAUCGGUGAUCUCGAAACCGAAACCCAAACCAUUCUCGUCGAACACAAUCUAGCUCACCGCCCCUUCACAGAUAUUCAACUAGAUGAGCUCAAACACCUCGCGUCAGCCCGUGGCUCUUGGAAAGUUGAUUCCACUGAGGUCAAAAAACGUCGUGACCUUCGACCUCCAGCAAUUUCAGGUAACCCCAACUCCGAAGACACCUUAGUCUUCUCUAUCGAUCCACCAGGAUGUCAAGAUGUGGACGACGCCCUGUCUGUAAAACUUCUUGGAAGUCCUACGGACGACCCCACUAAGAGAAGGAUUCAACUUGGUGUCCACAUUGCUGAUGUCACAUUCUUUGUUAAGUCAAAUGGAAAUCUGGAUGCUGAAGCGAGACGUCGUUCUACAUCAGUGUAUCUGGCGGACAGACGCUAUGAUAUGCUUCCGGGUAUUCUUAGCGGAGAUAUAUGUUCACUGUGGAGCGAAGUCGAUCGGUAUGCAGUCAGUGUGAUCUGGGAAUUAGAUCCAAUGACGCUUGAAGUUCAAGACGUCUGGUUUGGUCGUACAGUCAUCCGUUCUUCCUAUAAAAUGACAUACAAGGCAGCUCAAACCAUUGCAGAUUUAAAAAAUGUGGGUGACGUGUUUGCUCCAAAUGCUGAGAAAAUCUUAUCCUGCUUGGGAGGCUCUAAGAAAGUUAUUGAAUUAAUACCUGAACUAGCUACUCUCCCGAAAGAUAGAGUACUACAACGUCUGGGCCAGCUCUACUCUUCAAUCAGCAUGUUGGUCCGCAUUGCCUCUCAGAUUCGUCACAUGCGAAUUGACCAGGGUGGUCUCGAGCUGGAUUCUGUUGAGGUGUCGGUGAAGUUUGAGAACCCAGAUGAAAGAACUGGCGCCUUAGAGGAUAUUGUUCCUAAGGAGCCUCUUGAAAUGCAUUCCACAGUUGCAGAACUCAUGAUCUUCGCAAAUCAUUGGGUUGCAAGAGAGUGUAUCAAGGUCUUCCCGGAGAAAUCUUGUCUAAGAAGACAUCCUCCUCCCAGACCAGAGUUUUUCGAUGGCUUGAAGAAGUGUGCUGCCUCUAAAGGUUUCAAUUUAGAAGUGGAUUCAAACAAAUCUCUUUCGGCGUCCCUUGCAAAGUGUAUUGAUGCCAAUGAUCCUGAAGUGAAUAAUUUACUUCGUCAAUUGGCCACUAGAGCAAUGACCAAUGCUCUUUACUUCUCUACUGGGUCGGAGGACUUGACUCGUGAUCAAUUUGGCCACUAUGGUCUGGCCCUAAAUCUGUACACUCACUUUACCUCACCAAUUCGUCGAUAUGCAGAUGUUAUCGUACAUCGGGUACUGAUGGCAGCUAUUAAACAGCACACUACUGCAAGUAGCAAGUUAAUGACCCCACAAGAGCUCUACGAGCAUGAAGAGCUGGCUUCAAUAUGCAAACAUAUGAACGAACGACACUGGGCUGCGCAGCAAGCCCAACGAAGCUCAAUUGAGCUCUUCCAAGCUCUCUUCUUCAAGGCGAAGCCGGAAGAUGAUCCUUGUAGAUAUGCUGAUGCUGUUAUCUGUGAGUUGCGGGGUUCAAACGGAUUUUCUGUCGUCGUGUCAAGGUAUGGCAUUCGGGGAAAUGUUUGCCUCAAGAGAACAGAUGGUGCAGUCGCUUGGGUUUCUGAUCCUAAAACAGGUGCUAUCACGUGGCUACCUCAAGAUGAAGCUUGUGAGAUUGUGCGAAGUGCAGCAUCGACUGAAACGACAGCUCAAGGAGCACAACUAUGCGACCAGUUGGAAGUAGUGAGACCCAUUGGGUCUCGACAAUCUUAUCGCGUAUUCGACCACGUUAUUGUCCACAUCACAGUGUCCGAGUCAACUGCCCAUAGCCUUGGUCUGCGACUGACACUUCACGCCAAACCACCUGCAGCGAAAUCUUCGGGAAGAAAGGCGAAACGUAAUGCGACCAAUGUGGAAUCAGCUGAUGAUGGAUUGAAAAGUAGAGCUGAUGUAGAAAUGGUUGAGAGUGUACGCGCGAUGGAUGUGGACAAGAUAAAAAAGAGGAAAUUAGAUGGGGAUCUUGCAAUAGGGGGAGAUUUCAGUGAACCUGACGUGAUAAAUGCACAGAAGACAGUGAUUGCUCAGCUCCACACACCGUCUUCAUUUUAUCACCAAUUCAGGAAGAUUAUGCAAAGUGAUGAAAAGUGUUCUAACAAGGCUGAAGGUGGAGCAGAAUAG